UCAAUACUUGCAGAUGAUUGUUAUAUGAUCAGUAUGAAGAAACGUGGGAACAACGAGAAUAAAGAUAGUAAGAAUGGAGGUUGUCAGAAUGGAGGCAAAGCAACGGAGAACUCAGAUUCGGGAAAUCUGAGCGAUGACGAGAAUCAAGGCUUCGGAAAUUGGCUUCGAUCCAGCACCGGUGCCGAAAUGAUGCGACUCUUCGUGAUCACGAAUUCGAUUUUGGUCUUCGUGACUAUGGCUUGGCCGAACAUGAAAGAAUCCUUCUACAUCAUCAAAGACUAUUUCAUGGGAGAAGAAGAUUAAAAGAAGAUUAAAUGAUUAAAUGAUAUCAAUCGAGAAAUAGAAUAAAUAACGUUGUCAUUUAAUCUGUUUUAAAUAAGCAUGGCAAUAUUAUUCUCAAUUGUAGAAUUGUUAAACAUAUCUGUUAACAUCAGUGUUUUAUCUUUAUCUCUCAUAUCACUGAUUAAUCUCGAGUGAUAUAUCUUAAAUUAGGCGUUAAUAUCAAAACAAAUGGGCACUGAUAAUAGAGAAUAGAUAGGUAUUAACUUUACAGAAAUUGUUAUUGAUUGUUAUUAUACGCUAACUGUUGUUUAUUAAUUAUAUAAGUUAUAUAAAAAAUAUUCAAUUGUUUGAUCGUAAGUGCGUUUUAAAAUCAGUGAGAGAUAAAUAGGUACUUAAAUCUAGAUAGAUCUAGGAAGAUAAACGAGAAACAAUCGUCGACUUUCACAAGAUUUAAUAUUCUUACAAAUGCCACAAAAUGGGUAAACAGAACUGUGACAGAACUUCUUUUUCGCGCAGCGUUUGAAAGUCAGAUUUGUGCAGAUCGCGAUAUUUGUAUAAGAUAAAACUCUUCCCUAUAUUUUUCUUGCCAGAAGUUCGUUAUUUUGAAGGAGUAAACUUUCAUAGAUCCAUCAGUCGUAUAACUUUUAGCAGAACUGACAAAUAAGUCAGUUAUUAAAUCGGACUGUUUUAAUUCUCAGUUAGAUUAAAACAGUUUUAAUGAUAAUUUACAGUAGCACUUAUAAUUAUCUUGAC